ACAGAUGACAGGAGCUGAUGUGACAGAAGUUUAUUGUUGAUAAGAAGAGAAAAUAGUUUUUUUCAUCGUAAUCAGAGAUAAGAGCAGUCUCUGUUGUAAUAGCUCAUUGUAUUGUUUACUUCUGUUUGUUCCACAUCACAACGAUGUGAAAGGUCUAUAAGUACAUUCGUAACAAUUUCGGAAUUUGCCCCUCAAAAAUGUCCACUUACGCAGCCAAUAUAGUUACAGAAAAUGGUGAGCAGUUUAUCCCUGCGUCUCAAAGGCCAGAUGGCACUUGGAGGAAACCCAGACGAGUGAAGGGGGGUUAUGUGCCUCAAGAAGAGGUACCUCUGUAUGAAAGCAAAGGAAAACAAUUUACCACAAAGAAACAGGAACCUGUGGUGCUUUCAACCGGUCAGACUGCUCAAAGACCAAUUCCGGGAUUGUUUAUUAUCCAAGAUGCUAAAGAGCAGAAAAGCCAAAAGAAGAAGUCCAAAAGCAAAAUUGAUCAAAUCAACAAGAUUCUGGAGAGUGCAAGAAUUUCGGAUGGCCCUUCUGACCAAAAAUCACCAAAAGUGAUAGCUCCGAAGUCACCUCCAACGCAGACACCUGAAGCCACUGAUCCUGCCAAAAAGCUGAAAAAUCUCAAAAAGCGAUUGCGCGAAGUUGAAGCUCUAGAAGAAAAAAUAAAGAGCGGAGCCGUGGCUAAACCUGAGCCAGAACAGUUGUUAAAAAUUAACAGAAAGAACGAGCUUCUAUUUCAGAUAAGAGAUCUGGAAAAGCAAGUGCAAUAGGCAGUGUGAUGCAAAAGACAUUUAAAACGUUUUAUUCGUAAUUGUUGAAACGGACUUUGUUAUAGGAUAGCUGGUACAAAGUAGGUAUUCAUUCAAUGAAAAUACUGCAACAAGGACGACAUUUUUUGGUUUGCCAGUUCCAACAUUUAAGUCAAUAAAUGAAUUGGCUGUGAGUUUAAAAACUCCAUUUCUGUUCGAAUUAUUUAAACUUCCUAUUGAGUUGCGGUAAAUACAUCUGCGUAGCUUUAUGCGUGGUAUUGUUUGCUACCUAUUUGUGGUAAUAAUCUAUCAUAGAUAUCCUAAUGAACGAUUGAAAACAUUUUUAUUUAUGUAUUAUUAUUAGUAUUAACACUACCGUUUUAUGGUGGUUUUUCAAACUUUCAACAUAUAUCAAUUAAUAGUAGCGUCUAUUCAUAAACAUGCCCUUUUGAUAUCGACAAAUUAAAUGGAUCACUAAACCACACGCAUUGUGAUUCUCAUGCAGAAAUAAAGUGUAUUUAAAAAGAAAA